AUGGACCUCCAACACGAACCAAAAGAAGAAGACAGUCAAGAACAACAGCAAGAAGUGGACCAAGAGACCACCUUACAAGAUGCCUCCGUCUUAAUCGAUAGCCAGCUUGCGGCCGGCCGGUCACCUGCCGAUAUUGUCAAGAGGUUUCGGACAUCACGGACUGCUCGCGCCGACUAUACACCAGAGCUACUUGUAUCAGUGGCGGCCACCAGUGACGGCAAGUGUGUGGUCAACUGCCAUCGAUGUUACCGACUUAAGAAGAAGUGUCUGCGGGAGUUUCCACAGUGCCAGUACUGUUUAAAGACAAAUCACGACUGCUUUUAUGUGGACCGCAAAAGAGCGAAGAAGAACUUUAGUUCAGAGUAUUUCCCAUCAACAUCGACAACUACCAAGGUGGGUGGUGAAGAUGGCGGUGAAGGUGACGGCGAAAGUGAAGCUAUGACUGACUCCACCCAAAUGGCUCCUGAGUCAAGCGCGGCUUCGCCCGUGAAAUCGCUGUCUCUAAAUCCCACUAGCUGCACAAGAUGCUCGCGGCUUAAAAGACGGUGCCUGCGAUCUUUGCCACAGUGUCGGCAUUGUGUUCGCACCAGCAACGAAUGCGUGUACGACAAAAAUAAAAAAUACCGGGUGCUCAGUUUCGACCAGCUCGUGCAGGCGGCUGCUGCCGCCACCGCCAGAGCUAGUGAGACAUCGCAGUCGGGUGCCAACUCCCACGAAGCAAGUGACGAGUUCACACAAAUUGACCCGCACGUUCCGCUGGCUUCUGCUUCUGUAAGCACCAACGAGGGUACCAGUACCCACCCCUUUAAAAAGAGCCGCCUGCGCUCGGAAGAAGAGCUCAUCAAUAUCAAAUCGUUUGGGGCCGAUGCCCUGCUCCCGUCCACUUUUAUCGAUAAUUUCUUCUACAACUACGAGUAUACCUACCCGGUUGUCCACAAGACUGAGAUGGAGGCCGAGCUCCGGCAGAUUGAUUUUGCAAGCGAGGCCCUUGUCAACUUGAAGAUGUAUGUGGUGCUUAGUAUCGGCUGCUUGGUGUAUGAUUCAAUCAACCGCACCGAUCAGUUUGCUGAGUAUUUCAACGAACAUCUCCUCGAGUCUGUGGCGGACUCGGUGGAAAACCCCAACCCAGACGUUGCAAAUGUGGCGUUGGCUGCCCUUGUGGCGUUGUACUAUGUGAACCGCAAACGGUUUAACCAGUCGUGGAAUAUGGUGGGGGUUCUCACCCGUCUAAUGAUCAAAUUCGACCUCUACAGACGUAAAGGUGUAUAUGCCGAUAUUUUCUGGACGGUGUAUAAUUUGGAUAAGGAUUUGAGUUUAAUUCUUGACAAGCCCAGCCAGCUUCCAGUGGACUCGAUCAUCGAGGCACCAGUUCCACAAGAUGACCUCACUCGUAAGUUCAACGAACUUUAUCGUCUUGAGAAUAAGAUCAAUAACUACAAGUUGUCGUUGAAAACUUCCAGAGGUGAAGAUACCACUGUCAGGAUUAUCUCAAACGAAAUUGAGAAUUGGCGAGUAUCUGUGAGCAGCUUGCUCCAUGUCCAUUUCUUUGACUCCACCAACCUUCAGGAGUUCACCACAUUGGUCAACUUGAACUAUUUCUACUUGUGCAUCGAGCUAGACGAACUUGCAGACGUCAAGUCACUGCAAUUUAUGCUCCAGUUUCUCUCGCAAUACUUCGCAUUGACGUUAAACGAGAAGCAGAAGUCGAUGGUGGGGCUUUCAAUCAACAACUUGAUGUACUACCAGAAGCUUCUCAAGGUCAUCCGCUACAAUGCUCUCAAUGUGAUUUCAGACAGGAAGUCUCAAGGCUACGUGGAGAAUUUGCAGAUUGUAUUGAACUUGUUGAAGUAUAUGUCCAGUUACUGCGAUGUAAGCGUUUUGGUGAGCCUCUGCCAGCACCUCAGUGACGUAAGAGAUAGCGACGAAGCCCGCGCAACCGUGAACACCAUCGUGGCCAAAACCACCCCCAUCCCCUCGAUAUGA